AUGAAGACUAUUAACGAGGACACUGACCUACCAAAUUUGACAAUCGCCACAACAAGAAGAUUGAUGCAAGAUUUAGGGUUUGUGUACAAGAAGAGAUCAAGGAAUUCUAUGCUGAUAGAGAGGGAAGACAUCCAAGUCUGGAGACGAAAAUAUUUGAGGCAAAUUCGCCACUACCGAAAUGAAGGAAGGACUGUGUACUAUACAGAUGAAACCUGGGUGAAUUUUGGCCACACAAAGCAAACAGUGUGGCAGGACACUUUCAUCAAGAGGCCGAAAGAAGCAUUUAUGUCUGGCCUCUCAAUGGGAUUAAAAGCUCCUACAGGAAAAGGAUCCAGGUUAAUAAUUACUCAUGCUGGAAGUGAGAAAGGCUUUGUGAAAGGAGCUGCUGAUGUAUUCAAGGCAAAAAAAAGCAAAGGAGAUUAUCAUGAAGAAAUGAAUGGAGAUUACUAUGAACAAUGGUUUAAAAAUAAAUUGCUGCCAAACCUUGACCCCAACAGUAUUAUAGUUAUCGACAAUGCUUCAUACCACAGUGUUUUUGUGGAAAACAUUCCCAACACUUCCACCAAAAAAGAUGACAUUCGACGAUGGCUGACAUCAAAAAAUAUCGCUUGGAACUCGGAUAUGCUGAAAGCUGAACUUUUGAAUCUUGUACAAAAUGUCCGCAGCAAGUAUGAGGAGUACCGGGUUGAUAGGAUAGCGGCUCUUCAUGGUCAUACUGUUUUGCGGCUUCCCCCUUAUCACUGUGAGCUGAAUCCCAUUGAAAACAUAUGGAGUGUUGUCAAAGGGAAGGUGGCAGCAGAAAACAGAACAUUUAAAGAAAAAGAAGUGGAAGAGCUGACAAAAAAAGCUAUUGAUAAUGUCUCAGAUGAAACGUGGAAGAACUGCGUUGGUCACAUUAUUAAAGAAGAAGAACUAAUGUGGGAACUUGAUGGAAUGUGCGAUACUGCUGUUGAUAACUUGAUAAUUCAUUUUGAUCCCGAUUCGACCGACACUGCUUCUGAAGGAAUGCUUAGUACAGAAGAAGUCAUGUCAUCCUAA